AUGAAUGAAAACCCUAACUUUAUUCUAAACCAAAGUUGGGAUUCUCUUAAUGUGCAAUACCUUAAAACUCGUCUUACUCCUAAAACUAAAUACUUUAUAUGGAGAAAUUCCAUCAAUGCCCAUAUCAAUUUUGGUAAGGGUAAAAGUUUCUGUUACGAUUGUGGUACAGAAUCUGAUUUAUUCCAUUACAUUCAUGAGUGCCCUGGCUUGGAUAGUGCCAGGUAUUUUUGUCAGUCAAAGAUAUCUGAUAUUCUUGAAGGGAGAGAGUGCUUACUUUCUCAUUUUCAAUUCAAACCAGAAAAGCAUCACCAUGCAUUACAUUUCCAUCAUAACGGAAUCACCUCUUUCGAAGAUGGAUACAUGCAAUUCCAUAAAGACAUCGCUAAGAAGUGGCCAGAGAUCCAAGGUGCCAUUUCUAACUUUGUCGGCCGUUCCUAUUCUAACUAUUAUAUUGACUCCAAAUAA